AAACUGACUAAAUUUGACAGUUGUCCCGAGUUUCAGCUAAUCAAUAUCGUAUUGACUAAUUCCCGCCCUCGCCAUUUUCUCGAAAUUCGGAAGCAGUACUUCCCAGAAGACAUCACUCGAAUGGAUGUUGCUGUAAUGAAACCGCCCCGAAUGCAGAUCGCCGCUGAACGGGAGCCAUUUUUGAGACUCCUCAGGGAGAUUGAGGUAUACUGUCUGCCAAGCGGAUCCCAACCGAGCUUAUAUAUCGAUUUAUUGAUUGUUGGAUUCAGAGCACGCCCUGUUCUGCUGGCCGAAAUAGUACCUGAGUUUUGGUACUUUGCAUUCGAAAAGUACAUGGGAGGAUUGGGUUUCGUGGAUGCGUGGAAAGCAAUCGUCGACGAUGAGGAGCUGGUCCACGUGCUGAUAAAAUCGAUAUCAAAGGGAUCAAUAUUGCGGCGUAACCGUUUCAGAAAACUAUGCGACGAUCACCCACAAUAUGCGUUGAGUACCUACACACCAUUAUGGAAUCUUGCCGACCAAUAUGAAAUUAUGUGGCCGCAGACACUUCAGGAUCUCUACAUAUCGAUUGCUGUAAUGCUGUGUGUCGCGCUGCUAUUCAUUCCACAACCACUCUGUGCACCACUGAUUGGCAUGUCGAUCGCGUCUGUGGCGCUUGGUGUACUUGGCAUCAUGCCAUUUUUGGGUGUGAAUCUCGACGCGACAUCGAUGAUUACGAUAGCAAUGAGCGUUGGAUUCUCUGUUGAUUUCGCCGCUCACGUCUCUUACGCGUUCAUGACACAGAAGAUUGAAGAUGGUGACCAGAAAAACGCGCCAUUCACCCGUCUACAGUCAACGCUCGGCACUGUGGGUUGGCCAAUCACUCAGGCGUCGAUGUCCGUUCUCCUUGGGAUCUCUUCACUUGCAUUCGUUGACAGUUAUGUCGUACAAACCUGCUUCAAAACUGUCCUACUCGUUAUUACAUUUGGGACUAUUCAUGCGCUAGUCUUUCUUCCACUGGUGCUGAUGUACUCUCACAAAGCCUACCUCUGCUUAGCCGAUUUAUCACGACGUCGACGAUCUCCAACACAAAUCCAUCCACGAAAGCAACUCGAA